CCAAACCACAAAGAAGUGCAGCUUUGAAUUAGAUCUCAGUCAUGGGAGUAAUGUUAGGCUAUUCAAUUCCUCUCCUUUUCUUAACUCUGUUUGCCACGGCGAACCCUUUCAAUUCCGCAGUUCACGGAGGAAUCUGCACCGAAUCUAAAAAGUCCACCCUCUUGAUCGUUUUCGGCGACUCAUUCUUUGAUGUUGGCUACGGUAAUGAAGAACUUUGUCUUCCAUCUAAAGGCCAACCACAUGGGAAAUCACUUGACCUCCAGCAAGUUGCCCCUGGAAGAUUCUCGGAUGGUCUUCUAUUGCCUGAUUAUAUUGCCAAACACCUAGGCCUGGAUAAUAACGGCAGAAUUGCUUCAUACAAGCAAAACUUAGGUAUUGUUUGGAUUGAAGGUGUCGGACGGAGAGGAAAGGGAAGGGAUGGGGACGGAUGGCAAGGGAGGGGGAGCGAGGGGGGCUAUCUCCUUCCUUCUGUUUGGGUUUCCAAAAAGGCAGAGGGGGAGGGAGAUGGACUGAUUCGGACCCCCUCCAACCACCUCAAAUCUGCAGAUUUGCAAUCCGUCCGAUUCGGGGGGUUUGGAAGGGAUUUGAGUGACUGUUUAUAUUAAGUUAAAUGUAAUUACAAAAUUAACCUUAAUUUUUUUA